AUGUACAUUCACGCCAGUUCGGCUUCUCCUCUCGAGUCUAGUCUAUCAUUACCUACAACAUCAAGCAUUGAAACCUCCUCCACAACAACAACAACAACAGACAAAGACUCCACGCUGCAGUACGGUAUGAAUAGACGCCUCCUGCAUCAUCAAGGCAUUCCUUCUCAAUGGUUGCAAUUAAAUCAUAUAUCAGACGAAUCCAAUGUUGUAAAUAAUAAUAUUAUUCAUAAUGACAAUAUGAUCAUUCCUCAAGCAUCAAAUAAUACAGAAUCCGAAAUUAUUACAAUUAAUCAUUUUGAUGAUGAUGAUUAUAACUUCCAUAACAAUAAUCCCACAUCUCAAGAUGAAAACAAUGUUGUUGAACAAGACAAUAACUCGCCUCCUCUGCAAGAAUAUUAUCAACAACACGAAGAGGCCUCUCCUAUUACAAAGAGCACAUCCACCUCUUCUUCAACAACUACUCCUCUUCCAACAUUGAAGCUCAUCGUCAUUUUCAUAAUUUUCAUAUGUGAUGUAUUUGCCUUUUCCACGGUUGUGAGUUAUGUUCCUUUCAUGGUACAAGAUUUUGGUAUUACUCAGAACAAGACUGAAUACGGUUAUUAUGCAGGUUUGAUUGCUUCAAGUUAUUCGGCCGCUUCUCUCCUCUCAAGUAUUGCUCUCGGAUGGUUAUCCGAUCGUGUAUUGGGAAGAAGGAAGGUGAUCUUGAUGGGAACUUUGUGUUCCUGUAUCACGAGUUUGUUAUUCGGUUUGAGCAUCAACUUCCCGAUGGCCAUCACGGUUCGGGUUGUAUUCGGAUUGGUCAAUGGAAACAUUGGAACCAUAAAAACCUAUCUCGGAGAAAUUACCGAUAAAACGAAUCAGGCAAGAGCCUUUUCAUUCGUUGGUAUUUCAUUUGCCAUAGGAUCGAUCUUGGGCCCAUUGAUUGGUUUAUUGGCAAGACCGAACAUUCAAUAUCCCAACAUCAUGAGCAUGACUCCUCAGAUCGUACAGAAUUUUCUCAACUUGUUCCCUUACUUUUUACCUAACUUGUUUGUUGCCACAUGUUCAUUCAUUGGGUUUCUAAUUGCUUACUUCAAGUUGGAGGAAACCAAUCCAAGAUUUGUUAAGGAACUACAAGACAAGAACCAAGAAAUCAUAACUAGAAGGAACACCGAGACCAAUGAUGAUUACCCUGCCUGCAGAGAGAAAACAAAUGACAACUCAAGCAGCUCUGAGAAAUUGACCAAAGCAGUUCAUUCGAAAUCAACGACUGAAAUAGAUCAAACAAAUCUAGAGAAAUUAAACAGAACUGAACAAUGUUCAAAGAGUCCUUUGUCAUCACCGAGUACCGAGGCAAGUCCAACCACUUCUACCUCCACCACCAAUGCCACACCAUCUGCCCUUUCGGAUCUCGUCUUUGAGCAAUGUAUUGAAAGGAACAAACAUUCAUGCAUCACGGAAAAGACAGGCAAUGAGGAGUCUAACAAAUUCCGUGAGCAUUCCCUUCACUUAAUGACCAACGAAGAUCAACCAACCACAUGCUCUCCCCGUACAUGCAGCACUCAAUCAUCCUCAUCCCUGUCAUAUGUUACUCAAUCGACCAAGAAACAUCACUUGCAUACAUCCAGUUCACUCUCCCUUAAACUUCGAAUUCGAAAAUUAUUCAAAAGUGAAAUAUUCCAGACCUAUUUACCUUUAUUCACUUCAGCUUUGAAUCUCAUGAUUGGUUUUUCUUCGUCUGCCUUUGACGAAGUGAGUCCACUCUUUUCAUUGUUGCCUCCAGAGAAUGGAGGUCUGGGAUGGACAAAUUUCGAAAUUGGCAUUCAAGGAGCUGUGAAUGGAGUGGGUAUUCUGGUAGGUCAACUCUUUAUCACUCCAAUCAUUGCCAAAAAACUCGGCAGUGUUUGGUGUUUCCGAUUGGGGAAUAUUCUCAUCCUGCCAACAGUCAUUCUCUUUCCUGAACUCUCCUGGAUCUCAAAAUGGAAGAUUAGUGAAGUUUCUACCUCUUCCUUGGCCCCAACUGUUCUCAUGUGGAUCUUUUCGAUAUGCCUCACUCUAUUGAGGACCUUCUCCCUUAAUCUUAUCUUUACUUCACUUUUGAUUUUGAUCAACAACUCGGUGCACACUUCCUCUCGAGGUUUACUGAAUGGAAUUGUACAGAGUUUUGUGGCAUUUGCUCGCAUGAUGGGUCCAGUUGUGUCUUCGAGUGUGUUUGCUUUCACGGCAAGUCAUUCCUUCUUCUUUCCGUUCGAUUUUCGAUUUGUGUUCCUUCUCAUUACGAUGUGUCAUGUGGCCAUGAUUGUUGCAUCUGUGUUCUUAAAGAAGGAAUUGAAUACGCCCAAGGAAGAGAUGUAUCCAUCUUCCUAUGAGGAGGAAGAGGAGCAAGAUGUGGCCAUCUUGAGAGGCCAUGAAGACAAUGACGACGAGGUGCAUCAACCUCAACUAACGAUGCAUGAUCUCGCAGAGGAACACGACGAACUCCUUAAAUGCUCGAAUGAGGAGGACCUCGAAUUGAGAACCAUGAUGGCCAGUCGUUCUUCCAAAGCACCAGCACUAGCAUCGUUUUCAAGAUAUUCUCCCCUUCAUGAAUGUAAUAAUGAUGAUCAUGAUCAUUAUUACAUUCAUAGCAUCAUGGACUCAAGCAAGCCUUAA